CUCUGUGACUACAAAUGUCGCAAAAUCUAUGAAGGUGCAUUUGACAGUCGAAAGGGUGCGCCGUAAACAUGUUAGUUUUAUGAGGACAAUAAUUUCUUUGUUUAACAGUUUUAUGUCUUAACUUUAGUAGUAGGAUAUUCUCAAUUCGAUCAGCUACUAUUACAAUUAUGUAUUUCUGUAAAUUUUCUACGUGUUAGUGAUUAAGAAUCUGUGAAGUGUUAUUUUGGUUCUGAACUCAAAAUGGCGCAUCAAAUGCCCCCUUCCGUGAACUGUUCUCUUGAUGAUAUAGACCUUACAGCUCUUAAAGAUCCUGCAGGGAUUUUUGAAUUGAUAGAAGUAGUAGGAAAUGGUACUUAUGGGCAGGUUUACAAGGGCCGUCACACCAAGACGGGCCAGCUGGCCGCCAUCAAAGUCAUGGACGUCACGGAGGACGAGGAGGAGGAGAUCAAGCUGGAAAUCAACGUCCUGAAGAAGUUCUCCAACCACCGCAACAUUGCCACGUAUUACGGAGCCUUCAUAAAAAAAUCGCCAGCGGGGAAGGACGACCAACUGUGGUUGGUGAUGGAAUAUUGCGGAGCAGGCUCAGUUACCGAUCUGGUGAAGUCGACCAAAGGCCAGUCCUUGAAGGAGGAAUGGAUAGCCUACAUAUGCAGAGAGAUCCUGAGGGGUCUCUCAUAUCUUCAUUCGAACAAAGUUAUCCACAGAGACAUCAAGGGGCAGAACGUGCUUUUGACGGACAAUGCCGAAGUCAAAUUGGUGGAUUUCGGUGUCUCGGCGCAGCUGGAUCGGACCAUAGGCAGAAGGAACACCUUCAUCGGCACACCAUACUGGAUGGCACCGGAAGUUAUAGCUUGCGACGAGAACCCCGAGGCUACCUACGACAACAGGAGCGACCUUUGGUCACUUGGCAUCACCGCGUUGGAGAUGGCUGAGUCGCAGCCGCCACUCUGCGAGUUGCACCCCAUGAGGGCGCUCUUCCUGAUACCCAGGAACCCUCCACCGAGGCUGAAGAGCAAGAAGUGGAACAAGAAAUUUCACGGUUUUAUCGACACAGUCUUGGUUAAAGACUAUCACGAAAGACCUUACACCGAACAGUUGCUUAAGCAUCCUUUUAUCAAGGACCAACCUACCGAAAGACAGGUUAGAAUACAACUUAAGGAUCAUAUUGAUCGUUGCAAGAAAAGGAAACAGGAGAAGGAGAGAGAGGACUAUAGAUACUCUGGUUCUGAGAACGAAGAGGAAGAGCCGCAAAUCGCGGGAGAACCAAGUAGUAUUAUUCAAGCUCCAGGUGGCGACACCUUGAGGAGGAAUUUCCAACAGAUUCAGGAAGGCCGCACACUCAGUCAGGCAGUCGAACCACCUCCCAGGGGUGGCAGGCAUAAGGAUAAGGAAGAAAUCCCUGAACCGGGACCACCUGCUAGACCACCAAUACCUCAGAGAAUUAUUAUUGUGCCAGAGCCAGCUCCACCAAGAAGACCACUGCCACCACCACCAGAUAAUUUUGUUUCGAGGUCCCAGCAACAGCAGCAGCAACAACAACAAAGGAAUUCUCAGUCUCAACACAUGUUUAAACCAAUGGGUCCUCCACGAAAACCUGAGGAAUUAGACGCUCUGGCAGCCCAUUUGAACGAGCUGGGCGUCCAGUCUUCGGCGCAGCCGGAAGCGCCACCUAGGAAUAACAGGAACAGCAAGCAGGCCCAAUCGGCAGCAAACAACAACGUGUCCACUCCCGGAUCGACCAGCAAUCACACUCCCAGCAACCAGUCCGACGCUCUGGAGGACAGCGAAAGCGAUUCAGAGCCGGAGGACAAUGGGAGGGUGAGGAACGACGGCACUCUGCUGGCCAGCGACCCGCCGAAGCCACUGACUGGUUUAGGUUCGGUGCCAGAGGGUUCGUCGGGCGUGUCCAGCCCUGGAGCCGUGGGUUCCGGUGGAUCGAGUUCGGGAGGGCCCCCGAACAGACCCUUGCCUCCCACCCCCGACGACGAUGACGUUCAGGGUGACAAGACGCUCGUAGUGAGAAGGCAGACUGCGGCCAGUCAAGCGAUCAACGCUCACCAGUCCAAACCGGACUCUGAUAUCGACGAGGCCACCCUCCUCAAAGAUUGGGAUUUCGACAAGUUCUUUCCGCAAAACAAGAAACUGCAAGAGACCACAGCCACCUCUUCCUCGUCCAGCAGCUCGGGCAAAAGAAAAAAAGACAACAAGGGGGCGAAGAGCCCCAGCCAUCGUAGGAUGGACAGCGACUCCAAGGCGAGUCCCUUCUUGAGGGGCUUCCGGAGGGAAAACUCCGACCUUCUGCCUUUGGGAUCGAGGCAUUCCGCCAUAUUCUUGGACAGGACCAGGAGCAGUGGGAUUUUUAACAAUAGGAGGAGUUCCGACGCCGGUUUCGGCAGCGGCAAGAACGCUGGCGAGCCGGUGCUGAUGGACUACGUGAAGAGGACAGAAUCCCCUAGCUCCGUUAAAACUGACACCGGCAGCAAGAACGCAGCUAACAGUAGAAAUAGGGAAAGCGGACUGAUUAAAAUUGAAGACAUGUUCAAGCCUAGAAGGGAAAAGACUGAAUCGGACAUAGUUCUGAGGAAUUCGGAUGCUAGGAGGAGCAUAAGGGAAAGCUUGGAGGCGAGGAGGAGGGUAACAGAUUGUUCGGAUAAGAACAGAAGCUCCAGCACCAGUUCGGCCUUGCUGUCGAGUACCACAAACUCCUUUAGUGGUGACGAGUAUUUGUUUAUUCAGAAUGGACGUAGUGGUGACAACAUAAGGCAAAGUAACGUCUUGCCAGACUUGUUGAGUCAAGCAAGUAGUAGUCCUGGCACUCCAUCGGCUAGGGAUAAAUCGCAAAGCGAAGAGUAUCGCCAAGCGAUGACGCCAAUACACACGCCCUCUCCUAACAAAAUAUCAACACCUAUUAACGCUAACGCACUUGCCCUACAACAGAAACAGCGUUCCUUCCUCACUUUCGGCUUCGGGGCAGGCUCCGCCCAGUCGAGGAGGGAAUCUCACGUAAACGUGAACGUCACGCCCACCUCGCACGACCUAUCUUCGGACACGCCCGAGAUCAGGAAGUACAAGAAGAGGUUUAACAGCGAGAUCCUGUGUGCUGCCUUGUGGGGAGUGAACCUACUCAUCGGUACAGAACAUGGCUUGAUGUUAUUGGACAGAAGCGGACAAGGAAAGGUUUAUCAACUGAUAUCUAGAAGGAGGUUCCAGCAAAUGGAGGUGCUAGAAGGACAGAAUAUCCUUGUAACAAUUUCAGGAAAAAAGAAUCGGGUCAGGGUAUAUUACCUCAGCUGGCUCAAGAGUAAAAUCCUGAGGACUGAUGGUGUUAGUGAUGUAAGUCAAGUGGAGAGAAGAAACGGUUGGAUAAACGUGAGUGAUCUACAGGGUGCUGUGCAUUUUAAAAUUGUGAAAUAUGAAAGGAUAAAGUUUCUGGUGAUAGCUUUAAAAGACAGUAUUGAAAUUUAUGCCUGGGCGCCUAAGCCAUACCACAAGUUCAUGGCGUUCAAGUCGUUCUGCGAACUGACCUACAGACCGCUAUUGGUCGAUCUGACCGUAGAAGAAGGAACCAGGCUAAAAGUGAUAUAUGGCAGUGCAGAAGGGUUCCAUGCAGUCGAUCUUGAUUCAGCUAGUGUUUAUGAUAUCUACCUCCCUAAACUUACACAAGGUUCUAUUACGCCACAUUGUAUUGUCACGUUACCUAACAGCAAUGGCAUGCAAUUGUUACUUUGUUACGAUAAUGAAGGUGUCUAUGUCAAUACCUAUGGUAGGAUUGCCAAGAACAGUCUACUUCAGUGGGGAGAAAUGCCUACGUCUGUGGCUUACAUAGGUACUGGACAGAUAAUGGGCUGGGGCAACAAGGCCAUAGAAAUCAGAUCGGUGGAAUCGGGCCAUUUGGAUGGGGUGUUCAUGCACAAAAAAGCGCAGAGGCUCAAGUUCCUGUGCGAGCGGAACGAUAAAGUGUUCUUUUCUAGUGCAAAGAGUGGUUCCUCCUGUCAGAUUUACUUCAUGACCUUGAACAAGCCGGGCAUGGCCAACUGGUAACAUUUAGACGAAAACCGACUUUGCUUAUAGCAACUCUGUUGAACGAAGUGAAAGACUAAAUUAUGAUUGUGCAUUGGAUGUUUUUGUAUGAUGGAUCAAUAUCAGAAAAUUUUUCACCUUUGAAAUCAUGUAAAGCUAGGUUUUCGGACUUUUCUUGUUCGGUUGAUUUGUAUGGGUGGUACGGAUGCUGACUGAUCGUAAUUGGAUUUUCUAAUUUCUUGUUGGAAUGAUGGCAGGACAUAUAGAUUCUGAUUUUCAUUCAAAAGUGUAUAUUUCUUUUUGGACAAAAAUAAAUUUUCACACUUAGUUCUCAAUUAGGAAUACAAUUUAUAAGAAGUUUGUUUCUUCGCUCUGGUGAGUGGAUUAUGAAACAAUUUGUUCGAUAAAAUCAUCAGAAUCUUCAUGGUCUAUCCAUUGCUCAAGAAAAAUGUAAUCUCAAAACUAAAUCUGUGAUAUUCAUUAAUCGGCUUUUGUUUUAAUUUGUAACAUUUUCUAAAAGCAUUUUAAAUUGGGAUUUGUAAGACUUUACCAAACAUGUAGAGAUCAUCAGUGUUUUUUUGAUUACUUUUGGAACUGCUCUGUACCAUCAUAUAAAUUUCGUCAGAACGUAUUUUACUAUUACUUCAAUUUUUCAUCAAUUAAUUAUUGACUUGUAUAACUGAAGCAAUAUGUUGAUUAUGCCAUUCAAUUUUUUGUUCUGGUCAAUUUUUUAAAAACUAAGGUCGUUUCUAUUGGAAUGGAUUUUUAAGAUUUGGAUUUGAUUUCAAUUUGAUUAGAAAAAUAUUUUCCACAAAAAAUGUUCCAGUUCCAAAAUGUAUAGGUUCCUCUUUUCUAAAUCUGCGUUUUUGAACGGGACUAUUAGCAAAGUUAUUUAAUUUAUAAUUUAUUUAGUGCCAAUCUCUUUUAUAUAGUGGGAUCGAAAAGAAAUGCUCACUAAAUGUAGAUAAGUCCAGUAUAGUGUAAUAUUAAUUUGAUUACGAGUUGAUAUAAAGAAACAAUCGAGGAUUUGUGUGUAAUCAAAAGAAAUGAAUUCUCGUCCUUUGUUGUAUAUAUUGGAUAGCUGAGGGAAUUUUUGGAAAAAUUCACAAUGCAGUGUUAGCCUAAAGCACACAGAACAUAGGCUGUAUUAAUUUUCUUUUGCACAGAAGUCGAAAAAAAUUUUAUACUAAAUGAACCAUUAGUAAAUGUCUGUAAUGAAUGUUAUUUUUUUGUUGUUAUUGGUGCAAUCAAGACUGUCUGAUUUAUGUCUUAUGUAUCUUUAGAGGCGAAUCCCCAAAAAAGAAUCAGGAACAAGACUUUCUGAUCCAUUUUGAUUGUAGGAUAUAUUUUUCUUUGAAAUAUUAUUAAUUUGGAAAAAUCCAUAUUCUUUCAAAUUUUUGAUUACAGUUCAUUUGAUUUCAUUAAUUUUGUAGAAUAUGUGUUGUUUUUCACAAAUGAAAUUUCGAGGAAAAAAUAUAAAAUCAAUCAAAAAAAAGUGAUCCAAAUGUGAAAUAAUUUCAUUUUCAAUUAUCCAUACUGUCUUUUGUUUUAUUUUUAUCAAUAAUAAUGUAGUUUAUGAUAAUCACCUAUAAAUUUUCCCUUAUAUAAUAAAAAGUAGUUUUAAAACAUAUGUGCAUUGAAUAUUUGGGGAUUAGCCUCUACCACGUAAUCCAUUUUUCAUAGCAAAUAAUUAAUAUUUACUUUUAAGUCCAUUCAGUCGAUUAAUUUCCUUAGUGCAGUACAUCAUAUACAUACUACUUAAUUUAUAAGCGGAAAAUUUCUCUUACUCUUGAUAAUUUCCCAAAGAGAUGGUAUAAGUGUGAUUUUUUUAUGAAUGAGAAACAAUUAUAUAAAUCAAAUCAUUUUAUUAAUAUUAUUAUUCCAAAUAUUAAAAGUUAUAUAUUAUAUUAUUACUGCAAUUUUUUUCAAUCCUCUUGUCAUUUAAUGAAAUCAUGUUUGAAUAAAUAAUUUACUACCA